AUGGCUGUUGACACGGAUGCCCAGCGCAAGCUGGCGCGCAUAUUACUCAUUGAGCUCAUGGCGUCCCAGUUUGCCUCACCAGUACGAUGGAUUGAGACUCAAGAUGUCAUUCUUUCAAACCAAGAGUGCGACAAGAUCGUCGAGAUUGGACCCAGUACCACGCUCGUGGGCAUGUUUCAGCGAACAGUCACCAGUGCUCAGUAUAAGACACAGGAGAGCACCAGAGUCAAAUCGCGAAAACUCUGGAGCUCCGAGAGAGACACCAAAGACAUUUACUAUGAACACACCCCGGCUGCCCCAGAGGUCAACCCCAAGCAGGUGACCCAGACAGAAAUCAACUCGAGUACGGUAUCCCCACCGGUGGAAACUCGGAUAGAACCUGCAGUGGUCCCAGUGGCGAACUCCGAGCUCGCAACUCCCAAGCCAGCCCCAAUUGAGCUGGAAGACGUGGCCGUCCCGGUGCGCGAUAUUGUGACAACGAUACUGUCUCGAGCGCUGAAAAAGGCGCCGUCUGAGAUAGACGAGACUAAGUCCAUCAAGGCUCUGGCUGGUGGCCGGUCCACACUGGAAAAUGAGAUUGUCGGGGAUCUCCAGGCUGAAUUUGGCUCGCUUCCAGAGCGCGCAGAAGACGCUCCUCUCAGCGAGGCGUGGCAGGCAAUCCAGUCACAUCAUGCCGGAACGCUGGGGAAAGUGUCCACCGCCUUGAUCAACUUGCUGUUCACUUCCAAGUUCCCCAGCGGUUUCACAACCGCCGUCGUGCGAGAUCGACUCAAUUCGCAAUGGGGGCUCAAACAAGGAAGACAGGACUCCUGCCUUCUGUUGGCGGUCACGACGCAGCCGGCCACACGAAUGGCUACCGAAUCAGACGCCAAGACGUUCAUGGACAGCGUGGUUGAGACUUACGCCUCGAGGGAGGGCAUCACUCUGGGCCCAUCCCACCCCGCGGGGGACGGGGGCUCAGCUCCCUCGGUCAUGCUCGAUUCAGAGGCUGCUCGCGCGCUCUCGGAGUCACAAAAGGCUCUGUCCAGACAGCUCCUCGAUCUCUACGCAGCACACGCCGGCUUGGAUCUGGGCGAGGACCGACGUGCACUGAACACCCUGCGCCGUGACAUCGAAACCAAGUUGCAAGCUGAGCUGGAUUUCUGGGCCGAAGAGCUUGGAUCAGACUACACCAACGGAAUUCAGCCCCGUUUCGAUGCUCGCAAGGUUCGAUCGUACGAUUCUGCGUGGAACUGGGCCCGCCAGAGGCUUCUUGAAUUAUUCGACCUGGCCACCUCUGCGCAGCGGGGAGACAAUAUCGCCUUCGACCGCACGAGUGUGCUGCAAUCCUGCUACGCAAUCGCCAAUGCCGCAGACCAGACUCUGAUUCCUGUGCUGAACGAGAUGUUGACGAAAUUGAGCGAUACUGCGUUGCGCUCCAUCUUCAUGAAUCUCGAAGCAUAUUGCAAGCACACAGUGGAGUUCGGACCACUGCUCAAGGGGCCCCCCAGACAACUAGCGCCUCGCACUACCGUUGCUGAGGAUGGAAAGAUAGAAUACAUGGAGAAGGAACGCGACGGAGGAGUCUCAUUUGCAGACCUGGCCAUCCCUACCUCGGAGGAGGAUGGACUCGUCCCCUUCUUGCAUUUGAGGGAAAAACAGGCAGAUGGAUGGCGGUACAGUCGCACCUUGACCACACAACUCCAUGACGCCCUCACUCGACUGGAAGGGGAAGGCUCAUCCUUCAGCGGGCAAACCGUGCUGAUUACCGGUGCAGGGAUUGGCUCUAUUGGGGCUGCGAUGAUCGAGCUGUUCCUACAUGGAGGAGCCAGAGUCAUCGUCACCUCCUCCUCCCUCUCUCCGGAGACGGCCCGGAAGUAUCAGUCAAUCUACAUGGACCACGGGGCCAAAGGCUCUCAACUCAUUGUCGUUCCAUUUAACCAGGCCAGCGUUCAGGACGUGGCCUCGCUUGUCGAGUACGUCUAUUCGCCGAGCGGUCUCGACUGCGACGUCGAUUACCUGAUUCCGUUCGCUGCUAUCAGUGAAACGGGCAGGAAGCUGGACUCCAUUGACUCGAAGUCUGAGUUGGCGCACCGUCUCAUGCUAACCAACGUGCUCCGUCUACUGGGAACUCUGAAGACAUACAAAGAGAAAAGCCACUACGAUACAAAACCUGCCCAGGUGAUCCUGCCUCUGUCACCAAAUCAUGGAGUCUUUGGUGGCGAUGGUCUGUAUGGCGAGUCCAAGCUGGCAUUAGAGACCUUGUUUGACCGGUGGCACUCGGAGGGCUGGCAGGACUACCUCUCCAUCUGUGGUGCGGUGAUCGGUUGGACCCGAGGCACCGGGUUGAUGAACCAGAAUGACCUUGUCGCCGAGGGCAUCGAAUCCGCCGGCAUGCGCACCUUCUCCCAGGAGGAAAUGGCCUAUGCUCUGGUCGGCCUUUGUGUGCAGUCGAUCAGUGAGCUCUGUCAGGAGCAACCCCUGUACGCGGAUCUGACCGGCCGAAUGGCCGAGAUGCAGAGCCUACCGGAAAAACUGCGCAGCCUGCGUCAGGAGCUUACCGAACGCAGCGAGAUUCAAGCUGCCCUCCUCGCCGAGUCCGUCUUCGAGCAGGAAUGUUCGACCGCCGCCACCCCCCGAAGUGAGCCCCAGCCGACCCAGCCGGAGCAGAGAGCACACGUCCGCCUAGACUUCCCUAAGCCGCUUGAUUACGAGCAAGACAUCCACCAUCUCCACGCGGACCUUCAUGGAAUGGUGGACCUAGAUCGCACGGUGGUGGUGACCGGCUUCUCCGAGUUGGGACCUUUGGGGAAUGCUCGCACGCGCUGGGAGAUGGAGGCAUAUGGCCGAUUCUCCCUCGAAGGCACCAUCGAGAUGGCCUGGCUCAUGGGCUAUAUCCGCCACUAUGCCGGAACCAUCGACGGUGCGCCUUACUCGGGAUGGGUGGAUGCCGAGACCAAGAAGCCCGUCGCAGAUGUUGAUGUCAAAGCCUUGUAUGAAGAGCGGAUCCUGAGCCAUACCGGGAUCCGUCUCAUCGAGUCAGAGCAAAAGCCCUUCCUGCAUGAGGUUAUAUUGCAGGAGGACCUGGAGCCCCUGCAGGUGCCUGAGGCUCUCGCGCAGCAAAUGAAGUCCGAGCAUGGAGCCUUCGCCGCGGUACGAUCAUCCGCUACCCCAGAUCUAUGCACGGUUCAGCUGCUUAAGGGUGCCCGACUCUUCAUCCCUCGCGCAAUGCAAUCGAAUCAGCCGGUUGGCGGACUCAUUCCCACCGGCUGGGAUCCUCGGACAUACGGGAUCCCCGAGGAGAUUGUGUCCCAGGUCGAUCGUGUCACGCUCUUCACGCUGGUGUGCACGGUCGAGGCGCUGCUGUCAUCAGGCAUCACUGAUCCAUACGAGCUGUACCAGUACAUGCACGUCUCCGAAGUGGGAAUCUGUAUUGGCUCGGGCAUGGGAGGAGUGACGUCUCUCGAGAAAAUGUUCAAAGGGCGCCAGACCAGCCCUGAAGACAUCCCCAAGGACAUCCUCCAGGAGACCUUCGUGAACACGACGGGCGCAUGGGUCAACAUGCUUCUGCUCUCAGCGAGUGGACCGCUUCGCACCCCAGUCGGAGCGUGCGCCACCGCCCUCGAGUCCCUCGAACUAGGAUACGAUACCAUCGUCACAGGCAAAGCACGAUUCUGCCUCGUGGGCGGCUGCGACGACGUGACCAACGAGACCUCGCAGGAGUUUGCCAACAUGAAGGCGACCAGCAACCCCGAGGAGGAACUGGCCAAAGGGCGCGCUCCGCACGAGAUGUCCCGGCCAGCCACGAGCACCCGCAGCGGCUUCGUGGAGUCGCACGGUGCCGGGCUGCAAGUGCUGACCACAGCGACCCUAGCCUUGAAGAUGGGGCUGCCCAUCCGUGGCAUAAUCGCAUUCGCCAGCACCUCCAGCGAUAAGGCCGGCCGCUCGGUGCCCGCGCCGGGCAAGGGAGUCCUCACCAACGCCAAACACGUCGCCUCCACCGUCCCAGCCCCGCUCAUGAACAUCCGCAGUCGCCGCAAGCGACUGGAAUUCCGUCUCCGUCAGAUCGCAGAGGCCCGAGACAUUGCUCUGCAGGACCUCGACUUCGAAGUGGCCGCCGUGGUGGCGCAGGACCCGACGGUGGACGUUGACGCGUACGUCCAGGCCCGCCGACAGCAAAUCGUCGAGGACUUUACGCUCGAGCAAAAAGACACUCGCUUCCGACUGGGCAACGAAUUCUGGCGAAACAACCCUCAGAUCGCCCCUCUGGCCGGUGCGCUCGCCACAUGGGGGCUGACCAUCGACGACCUGGGCGUGGCCUCCUUCCACGGGACGUCGACGGUGCUGAAUGACAAGAACGAGUCGAGCGUCAUCCAACAGCAACUGCGCUCGCUGGGACGACGGCCGGGGAAUCUCAUCCUCAGCGUCUUCCAGAAGGCGCUGACCGGCCACUCCAAGGGGGCGGCGGGCGCCUGGAUGCUCAACGGCGCCCUCCAGAUGCUCGAUACCGGGCUCGUCCCGGGCAACCGCAACGCGGACAACAUCGAUCCCGCCCUCAAGGAAUUCGACCUGGUGGCCUACCUGCACCGACCGAUCCGCGUGCACGAGCUGAAGGCGGUCUCCGUGACCUCCUUCGGCUUCGGGCAGAAGGGCGCGCAGGCCCUGUGUGUCCAUCCCCGGUAUCUCUUCGCCACGCUGCCCAAGGACGAGUACCUGGCGUACACCGCGCGCUGCACGCGGCGCCAGCGCAAGGCGGAUAUGUUCUUCUACGAAGCGAUGAACGAGAACUCCCUCUUUCGGGCGAAGACCGCGCCGCCAUUUGCGCCGGCUCAGGAGACGGCCACCUACCUGGAUCCGACAGUCCGGUUUCCUUAA